UCCUCCAUCAGCACCUCAGAAACCUCCAACACAAAAAAGUUAGCUUUGAUUCGGCUUCCAAAUCUUCCAACAAAGCAAAACAGCAUUCUCUCUUCAAAAUUCAUAUCCUUUUUCCACAGACAAGUAUCUAACUAGCUUGCUGCUGCUGCUGCUUUUUUUUUUUUUUCUUCCGUAUAAUAUAUAGCUAGCAGGCUGAAAAUGCAGGAGAAGAAGUUUGAUGUGGCUCGUAGGGCAUUAAAUAUCUUGCGUUUAGCAUUGUUAUGGGCACGAAAGGGAGGAGUCUUCAAACGCCGCAUAAUGGUAGAGCUACGCCUUCUGCCCAAGUUUAUUCGAAGCCUUGCUCACAGCUCUCGCCGCGAUGAUCGAAUCCAUUAUACAGAGCGCGAGCUCUCUUUCGACGAGACCCCCAUUUUCCACGUCAAAAUGCACCGACCAGGCCGCUUGCGGUUCCACCUGCCUAACAUUCCAUGCAUUACCCCACAAGUUGAUUUCGACUACGAUUUUGCUGGUAGUGAUGAUCAUGAUGAUGUUUAUGGCUAUGAUCAUGAAGAGGAAGAUCAAGAUCAAGAUCAAGAUCAAGAUCAAGAGCGUAGCUAUGGGAUUUGUGAAGAAGAAGAAGAGGAAGAUGGGAUUGAUUUGAGAGCCGAAGAGUUCAUCGCUAAAUUCCAUGAGCAGAUGAAACUGCAGAGACAGAUUUCGUAUUUGCAGUACAAAGAGAUGCAAAAUAGUUAAUCAACAAAAAAAAAAAAAAAAUUAAUCACAAAUUAAUCACACCGUUCAUCAUGAAGAAUUUACUUCAUUUGUGCAGAAUAAAGUUUUACUUCCAUUCUUGCUACCGAAAUUUACAGUUGUUUUUUAAUGAUAUUCAUCAUCACAUUGCGGCCGUUUUGUAACCAAGUAUCAGCAAGCUUUCAUCAGGGAUUGAAUGUUUACGAAUUUAUAAAUAA